AUGGCUCCCGUAUCCGCUGACCCGGCCGGCGAUCUCGCCCUCCAGGUGCUCCAGGCAUUGGCCAACGCCGACCAGAUUCUCUCGACCGAGGCCUUCCCCAGCGUGCCCUUUGAGACGAUCAAGGCUGCUCUGGACCGUCUUUCCUCACGGUCCAUGGUUGUAUACGAGCAGAUUGAGAGACAGGAAGCGAUUCUGGAGGCUGAGGCUGAGGAGAUUGUCCAGCAUGGAAGCCACGAGGCUCGCGUCUUUGAGGCGGUGCACAAGGCCCUUGGCGGUCUCUCCAUCCAGGACCUGGAGACGGCAAUCGGCGACAAGAAUGUGACCAAGGUUGGCCAAGGAAAGGCCUUUAGGGAGAAAUGGAUCAAGAAGGACGACAACAAGCUUGUCGCGCUGGUCGACUCGAUUGAAGACGUUACGAGAUCGCAACUCCGCUUCAUCAAGGAGACCAAGUCGCACGACGGCAAGAUCAUCGCCGACCUGAAGAAGCGAAAGCUCAUCACCACCGCAAAGGUCAUUUCCUUCAAGGUUUCCAAGGGACCCAAGUUUGCGCUGGAAAUUGUCAAGGAGGAGACGGAUUUGACGGCUGACAUGCUGGCGUCUGGAGCGUGGAAGACGGCCAACUUUAAGCCGUACAACUUCAAGGCCUUGGGCGGGCACCAGGUCUCUGGAGCGCUUCACCCUCUCAACAAGAUGCGACACGAGUUCCGACAGAUCUUCUUCGAGACUGGCUUCACAGAAAUGCCUACCAACCAGUACAUCGAGUCUGGUUUCUGGAACUUCGAUGCUCUUUUCGUCCCUCAACAACACCCUGCCCGUGAUUUGCAAGAUACCUUUUACAUCUCCGACCCCAAGACAGCUGGCCGCCCCGGCCCCGUCUCCGCCGACGAUAAACAAAACUACGACGAGUACUUUGAGAACGUAAAGCAGGUGCAUGAGAACGGAAAGUACGGCUCCAUCGGCUACCGAUACCCCUGGGCCGAGGAGGAGUCAUUAAGACUUGUUCUCCGUACUCACACCACAUCUGUUUCGGCAGCCAUGCUACACAAAUUGGCGGCGCAAAAAGGACCUGACGGUCGUGUGCCGCCUGUUCGCUACUUCUCCAUCGAUCGCGUUUUCAGAAACGAGGCUGUUGACGCAACACAUCUGUGCGAGUUCCACCAGGUAGAAGGUGUUAUUGCCGACUACGGAUUGACCCUUGGAGGUCUGAUGGAGUUCUUCGAGACCUUCUUUGCCAAGAUGGGCCUGACAGAUCUCAAAUUCAAACCAGCUUUCAACCCCUACACAGAGCCUAGUAUGGAGCUUUUCAGCUACCACAAGGGCCUAAAGAAGCUUGUAGAGAUUGGCAACAGUGGCAUGUUCCGACCGGAAAUGCUCGAGGCCAUGGGACUGCCCAAGGAUCUGAGAGUGUACGGAUUCGGCCUCAGCUUGGAGAGACCGACCAUGAUCAAGUACGCCAUUUCAAAUAUCCGUGAGCUGCUUGGUCACCAAGUAGACCUCAACUUUAUCGAGAGGAACGCCGCCGUGCGACUGGACAAGGAUUAG